AUGUUGGUUCGCCAAGCUCUCCACGACGUUGAAGGACUAUGUGUGAAGGACUACUCUCUUUUCACUUUUGAGGAUGCAGUUACACGGAUCCAUGUUCUUGCGUAUGUUGAUGAUCUUAUUGUCACUGGAAGUUUGCUUUGCGCUAAACCAGUAUCUCAUCCUCUUGAGAAGGACCAUCAUCUUGUGCGAGCUGGUGGGGCAGUUCUUCCAGAUCCUUUCAUGUAUCGUCGAUUAGUGGGCCGACUUAUUUAUCUAAGUGUGACUCGACCAUAUAUCUCUUAUGCUAUUCAUAUGCUUUCGCAAUUUAUGCAUGCUCCACAAGAGCUUCAUUGGGAAGUUGUGCUUCGUGUGGUUCGCUAUUUGAAGAAUAAUCCGGGACAAGGUAUUCUCUUGCGUGCUGCAACAGACCUACAUAUUACGGCUUGGUUUGACUCCGAUUAUGCUGGUUGCUCACUUAGUCGUCGCUCGCUCACGGCCUGGUUCAUUCAGCUUGGUGGAUCUCCGGUUUCCUGGCGGACACAGAAACAAGAUGUGGUUUCGCGUUCUUUGGCUGAGGCUGAAUAUCGUUCGAUGGCGGAAACAGUGUGUGAACUUCUGUGGUUACGGGAGCUUCUUAUGUUUCUUGGAGUUGAUUUUUCUUAUCCGAUCCCACUUGAUUGUGACAAUCAGUCGGCUAUUCAUAUUAGUAUGAAUCCGGUGUUUAAUGAACGUACGAAGCAUAUUGAGACUGAUUGUCAUUUUAUUCGUGAUGAGAUCGUUCGUGGUGUUAUGAUCCUUAAUAUGUUUCUACUCGAGAACAGCGCUGAUAUUCUUACUAAAGUACUUGGUCGCAAAGAGUUUUGA